AUGGUGGUGUUACUGAUCUUUGGUCGUGUUGUGGGCAAGGGUCGUGUUAUUCCGUGUGCUGCUGUGGAUAGCUUACCCAUUCUUCAUAAGUAUCUUCAGCCAGGAGACCUCAACAUUGGUGCCCUUGUAUCUCAGACAAGUUUUGCCACCAGUCCAAAAGACUUCAAGUGCCAACCUGCUGGGAUACUAUCUGAAGACUUUGUGUUGAUUCCUCAGAACUACCAGCAUAUUCUGGCUUUGGCAUUUGCUGUCAAGGAGAUCAACGAAAAUCCACAGAUCUUGCCAAAUCUCACCCUGGGGUUUCACAUUUAUGACAGCUACCUGAAUCCAAGAUUGACACACCGUGCUGCUCUACAACAUAUUUCCCCAAGGAACAGAUUUAUCCCCAACUAUAGGUGUGAUAUCCAGGACAAUGUAGAAGCAAUCCUUGAGGACAUUAAUACAGAAAAUUCAGAACUUGUCCAUGAUCUUUUGAGGAUAUGUAUUAUAGUAUUCAUGCAAACUGUGUACAUGAUGCCAAAACCAAAAGGUAAAGUCUGGAUUGUAACAGCUCACGCGGAACUAAUAGCUUAUGGCAAGGGAAAAUGUGGGGAUGUCCAAAUCUUCCAUGGCAUGAUAUCAGUUGCCAUUCACUCCAAUGAACUUCAGGGAUUCCAAGAAUUUUUUAUGAGCAGAAAGCCAUCCAAUGUGGAGGGAGAUGUGUUUCUCAGGGACUUCUGGUCAUCCACAUUCAGUUGUGCAUUCCCAAAUUCAGUUCUGGGCACUGUGAAUCAAGUUAACUGCACUGGAGAUGAGACUCUGAAGGAUCUUCCUGCAUCUGAAAUGAGUAUGACUGGCCACAGCUACAGCAUCUAUAAUGCGGUGUAUGCUGUUGCAUAUGCUUUGCAUGCUAUGCAGUUUUCAAAAGACAUCCAAGGAGAGAGAAGGAAGCUUCCAAAUCAGCAGCCCUGGCAGCUCCAUCAUUUUCUUGGAUGCAUCUCAUUUAACAACAGCGCUGGAGACCAGAUUUCCUUUGACAGCAACAGAGAAUUGAUAGCAGGAUUAGAUAUUAUCAGCUGGUUAACAUUUCCCAACCAAUCUGUUGUUAGAAUGAAAGUUGGUAAGAUCCCUCCCAGGGAACUUUCAGGACUAAGACUUCAGAUAGAUGAAGAAUCCAUGGUUUGGCACCCCCAAUUUAAACAGGUACAACCGCUGUCAUUAUGUAGUGAGAAUUGCAAUCCUGGGUAUAGGAUGACAAAGAGAGAAGGGGAGCCAUUUUGCUGUUAUGGUUGUAUCCAAUGUCCGGAAGGAACAAUCUCUGAUCAUCAUGACAUGCCGGACUGCUCCCGGUGCUCAGUUGAUCAUUUUCCGAACAAGAACCAGAAUUAUUGCAUUCCCAAGAGGGUGAGCUUUUUGUCUUAUCAAGAACCUUUGGGAGCUGGUUUCCUUUUGGUCUCUCUGUCCCUAUCUUUGAUCACAGUCUUUGUACUUGGAAUAUUUAUAAAGCACCACAACACCCCCAUAGUAAAAGCAAACAAUCGGAGCCUGUCAUACACUCUUCUCAACUCGCUUCUGUUCUGCUUCCUGUGUGCCUUGUUAUUCAUCGGCAAACCUGGGAAGAUAAUGUGUCUCCUUCGUCAAACUGCUUUUGGCAUCAUUUUCUCCACUGCAGUUGCUUCUGUAUUAGCAAAAACGAUCACGGUGAUUCUGGCUUUCAUGGCCAUCAAACCUGGCAGCCGGAUGAGGAAAUGGGUGGGGAGAAGACUGUCCCUUUCCAUUGUCCUUUUCUGUUCUGUUAUUCAAGUAGGCAUUUGUAUCAUUUGGCUACUAAAUUCUCCCCCUUUCCCAGGUGUUGACAUGCAUUCAAUGGUGGAAGAAGUUGUAUUGGAAUGUAAUGAUGCCUCUCCUACUAUGUUUUAUUGUGUCUUGGGCUAUAUGGGCCUCCUGGCUAGCGUGAGCUUCCAGGUGGCUUUCUUUGCUCGGAAACUACCUGACAGUUUCAAUGAAGCCAAGUUGAUCACUUUCAGCAUGCUGAUCUUUUGCACCGUUUGGUUAUCUUUUGUUCCCGCCUACCUUAGUAGUAAAGGGAAAUAUGUAGUGGCUGUUGAGAUCUUCUCUAUCUUAGCUUCCAGUGCUGGCUUACUGGGCUGUAUCUUUUUCCCCAAAUGCUACAUUAUUGUAGUUAAAUCUAAGCUGAAUACAAGAGUACAUCUUAGAAGGAAAAAUUGA